AUGCCUCGCCUCUUCGCCUAUAACAUCAAACGCCUCCGCGAUCCACCCAAACAAACACAGAGGCCGCUACCGCUGGAUAUGCACCGACUCCACAGCUCCCCAUCUCCCCAGCUCCCCAUUUCCUCAUCUCCCCAGCUCCACAGCUCCCCAUCUCACCAGCUCCCCAUUUCCUCAUCUCCCCAGCUCCACAGCUCCCCAUCUCCCCAGCUCCCCAUUUCCUCAUCUCCCCAGCUCCAAAUCUCCACAGCUCCACAGCCCCACGCCCUCGCUCCCCAGCUCCCCAUUUCCCCAUCUCCCAAUCUCCACAGCUCCCCAUCUCCCCAUCCCCCCAGCUCCCGAUCUCCACAGCUCCCCAGCUCCUCAUCUCCACAGCUCCCCAUCUCCACAGCUCCCCAGCUCACAAUCUCCCCAGCUCCCCAGCUCCCCAGCUCCACAGCUCCCAAGCUCAUCAUCUCCCCAGCUCCCCAUCUCCACAGCUCCCCAUCUCCACAGCUCCCCAUCUCCACAGCUCCCCAGGUCCCAAUCGCCCCAGCUCCACAGCUCCACAGCUCCACAUCUCCACAACUCCCAAUUUCCCCAGCUCCCCAUCUCCCAGCACCCCAGCUCCCAAUCUCCCCAGCUCCACAGCUCCCCUUCUCCCCAGCUUCACAGCUCCCCCUCUACCCAUCUUCCCAGCUCCCCAGCUCCACAGCUCCCCAGCUCUACAGCUCCACAGCUCCCAAGCUCAUCAUCUCCCCAGCUCCCCAUCUCCACAGCUCCCCAUCUCCACAGCUCCCCAGCUCCCCAGGUCCCAAUCUCCCCAGCUCCACAGCUCCACAGCUCCGCAUCUCCCCAGCUUCCCAGCUCCCCCUCUCCCCAUCUUCCCAGCUCUCCAGCUCCCCAGCUCCACAGAUCCACAGCUCCCCAUCUCCCCAGCUUCCCAGCUCCCCCUCUCCCCAUAUUCCCAGCUCCCCAGCUCCCCAGCUCCACAGCUCCCCAUCUCUACAGCUCCACACACCCCAGCUCCCAAUCUCCCCAGCUCCACAGCUCCCCUUCUCCCCAGCUUCACAGCUCCCCCUCUCCCCAUCUUCCCAGCUCCCCAGCUCCACAGCUCACCAGCUCCCCAGCUCCACAGCUCUCCAGCGCCGCAGCUCCCUAGCAUCCCAGCUCCCCAUCCUCCCAGCUCCCGAUCUCCACAGCUCCCCAGCUCCUCAUCUCCACAGCUCCCCAUCUCCACAGCUCCCCAGCUCACAAUCUCCCCAGCUCCCCAGCUCCCCAGCUCUACAGCUCCACAGCUCCCAAGCUCAUCAUCUCCCCCUCUCCCCAUCUUCCCAGCUCUCCAGCUCCCCAGCUCCACAGAUCCACAGCUCCCCAUCUCCCCAGCUUCCCAGCUCCCCCUCUCCCCAUAUUCCCAGCUCCCCAGCUCCCCAGCUCCACAGCUCCCCAUCUCUACAGCUCCACAGCUCCACACUCCACAUCUCCACAACUCCCAAUUUCCCCAGCUCCCCAUCUCCCAGCACCCCAGCUCCCAAUCUCCCCAGCUCCACAGCUCCCCUUCUCCCCAGCUUCACAGCUCCCAAUCUCCCCAGCUCCACAGCUCCCCUUCUCCCCAGCUUCACAGCUCCCCCUCUCCCCAUCUUCCCAGCUCCCCAGCUCCACAGCUCACCAGCUCCCCAGCUCCACAGCUCUCCAGCGCCGCAGCUCCCUAGCAUCCCAGCUCCCCAUCCUCCCAGCUCCCGAUCUCCACAGCUCCCCAGCUCCUCAUCUCCACAGCUCCCCAUCUCCACAGCUCCCCAGCUCACAAUCUCCCCAGCUCCCCAGCUCCCCAGCUCUACAGCUCCACAGCUCCCAAGCUCAUCAUCUCCCCAGCUCCCCAUCUCCACAGCUCCCCAUCUCCACAGCUCCCAAUCGCCCCAGCUCCACAGCUCCACAGCUCCACAUCUCCACAACUCCCAAUUUCCCCAGCUUCCCAUCUCCCAGCACCCCAGCUCCCAAUCUCCCCAGCUCCACAGCUCCCCUUCUCCCCAGCUUCACAGCUCCCCCUCUCCCCAUCUUCCCAGCUCCCCAACUCCACAGCUCCCCAGCUCUACAGCUCCACAGCACCCAAGCUCAUCAUCUCCCCAGCUCCCCAUCUCCACAGCUCCCCAUCUCCACAGCUCCCCAGCUCCCCAGCUCCACAGCUCCCCAUCUCCACAGCUCCACAUCUCCACAACUCCCAAUUUCCCCAGCUCCCCAUCUCCCAGCACCCCAGCUCCCAAUCUCCCCAGCUCCACAGCUCCCCUUCUCCCCAGCUUCACAGCUCCCCCUCUCCCCAUCUUCCCAGCUCCCCAGCUCCACAGCUCCACAGCUCACCAGCUCCCCAGCUCCACAGCUCUCCAGCGCCGCAGCUCCCUAGCAUCCCAGCUCCCCAUCUCCACAGCUCCCAAGCUCCCCAGCUCCACAGCUCUACAGCUCCACAGCUCCACAGCUCCACAGCUCCACAGCUCCCCAUCUCCCGAUCACCCCAGCUCCCCAUCUCCACAGCUCCACAACUCCCCAGCUCCCAAUCACCCCAGCUCCACAGCUCCCCAAUCUCCCCAGCUCCACAGCUCCCCAUCCCCACAGCUCCCCAGCUUCCCAGCUCCACAGCUACUCAUCUCUACAGCUCCCCAUCUCCACAGCUCCACAUCUCCCCAGCUCCCCAUCUCCACAGCUCACCAGCUCCCCAUCUCCACAGCUCACCAGCUCCCCAUCUCCACAGCUCACCAGCUCCCCAUCUCCACAGAUCUCCAGCGCCGCAGCUCCCUAGCACCCCAGCUCCCCAUCUCCACAGCUCCCCAGCUCCCCAGGUCCCAACCUCCCCAGCUCCACAGCUCCCCAUCUCCCCAGCUUCCCCUCUCCCCAUCUUCCCAGCUCCCCAGCUCCACAGCUCCACAGCUCCCCAGCUCCCCAGCUUCCCAGCUCCCCCUCUCCCCAUCUUCCCAGCUCCCCAGCUCCACAUCUCCACAGCUCCCCAUCGCCACAGCUCCACAGCUCCCCAUCUCCCCAUCACCCCAGCUCCACAGCUCCCCAUCUCCCCAUCUCCCCAGCUCCACAGCUCCCCAGCUCCCCAUCGCCAAAGCUCCACAGCUCCCCAUCGCCAAAGCUCCACAGCUCCCCAUCUCCCCAUCUCCACAGCUCCACAGCUCCCCAUCUCCCCAGCUUCACAGCUCCCCAUCUCCACAGGUCCCCAUCCCCCCAGCUCCACAGCUCCCCAUCUCCCCAUCACCCCAGCUCCCCAUCUCCACAGCUCACCAGCUCCCCAUCUCCACAGCUCCCCAUCUCCCCAGCUCCACAGCUCUCUCUACAGCUCCCCAUCUCCACAGCUCCACAACUCCCCAGCUCCCAAUCACCCCAGCUCCACAGCUCCCCAGCUCCACAGCUCCCCAAUCUCCCCAGCUCCACAGCUCCCCAUCCCCACAGCUCCCCAGCUUCCCAGCUCCACAGCUACUCAUCUCUACAGCUCCCCAUCUCCACAGCUCCACAUCUCCCCAGCUCCCCAUCUCCACAGCUCACCAGCUCCCCAUCUCCACAGCUCACCAGCUCCCCAUCUCCACAGCUCACCAGCUCCCCAUCUCCACAGAUCUCCAGCGCCGCAGCUCCGUAGCACCCCAGCUCCCCAUCUCCACAGCUCCCCAGCUCCCCAGGUCCCAACCUCCCCAGCUCCACAGCUCCCCAUCUCCCCAGCUUCCCCUCUCCCCAUCUUCCCAGCUCCCCAGCUCCACAGCUCCACAGCUCCCCAGCUCCCCAGCUUCCCAGCUCCCCCUCUCCCCAUCUUCCCAGCUCCCCAGCUCCACAUCUCCACAGCUCCCCAUCGCCACAGCUCCACAGCUCCCCAUCUCCCCAUCACCCCAGCUCCACAGCUCCCCAUCUCCCCAUCUCCCCAGCUCCACAGCUCCCCAGCUCCCCAUCGCCAAAGCUCCACAGCUCCCCAUCGCCAAAGCUCCACAGCUCCCCAUCUCCCCAUCUCCACAGCUCCACAGCUCCCCAUCUCCCCAGCUUCACAGCUCCCCAUCUCCACAGCUCCCCAUCCCCCCAGCUCCACAGCUCCCCAUCUCCCCAUCACCCCAGCUCCCCAUCUCCACAGCUCACCAGCUCCCCAUCUCCACAGCUCCCCAUCUCCCCAGCUCCACAGCUCUGCAGCUCCACAGCUCCCCAUCUCCCCAGCUCCACAGCUCCCCAUCUCCACAGCUCACCAGAACCACAGCUCCACAGCUCCCCAGCUCUCCAUCUCCACAGCUCCACAGCUCCACAUCUCCCCAGCUCUCCAGCUCCACAGCUCCACAGCUCCACAUCUCCACAGCUCUCCAGCUCCACAGCUCCCCAGCUCUCCAUCUCCACAGCUCCCCAGCUCCACAGCUCACCAGCUCCCCAUCUCCACAGCUCCCCAUCUCCCCAUCUCCCCAGCUCCACAGCUCCACAGCUCCACAACUCCCCAGCUCCCCAUCCCUACAGCACCCCAUCUCCACAGCUCCCAAGCUCCACAGCUCCCCAGCUCCCGAUCUCCCCAGCUCCACAGCUUCACAUCUCCCCAGCUCCACAUCUCCACAGCUCCACAGCUCCACAGUGUUAGCAAGCCCAGCCCCCUAUAAUGACCUGCUAGGUGUUACCAAGCCCAGCCCAGGCCCCUAUUUUGACCUGCUAGGUGUUACCAAGCCCAGCCCAGGCCCCUAUUUUGACCUGCUAGGUGUUACCAAGCCCAGCCCAGGCCCCUAUAAUGACCUGCUAGGUUUUACCAAGCCCAGCCCAGCCCCCUAUUUUGACCUGCUAGGUGUUACCAAGCCCAGCCCAGGCCCCUAUAAUGACCUGCUAGGUGUUACCAAGCCCAGCCCAGGCCCCUAUUUUGACCUGCUAGGUGUUAGCAAGCCCAGCCCCCUAUUUUGA